UUUUGUUAGCAACUUAAUUUUGAAAGUAUGAAUUUGAAAUUACUGAAUUGAUGUUAUUACGGUAAGAUGAUAAAUGUAUGUCUCAAUAACUUCUCAGUGUAGCAAAUGGAAUUCUGUAAAUCAGUAUCUACCAAAUUCUAUAAUAUAUGAUGACUAAUAACUGUGAAAAGGUUAUAGCUAAAGCAGGUUAAGAAAUUUAAAUAAUUCAUUUAUUUACUAUGUUAAAAACUGAUCAAUACAUAAUUUACGAAAUAUGUUCUUGAUGGAGCACUGAAUAGAAAUAUUUCACUUUUUCAUAUCAUAUUUUUCAGACUAUUAAGAUGUUUUUGAUGUAAAUGUAUUUAGUAUUAUAUCAUAGCCUACAAAAUAACGAAUUCAAUAAUAACGUUUUGAAAUUAUUAUUAAUCUUAAAAUAUAGAGAGAAUGUAUCAAGAAUAACUAUAAUUUAUUUGUAUUUGUACAAUACUUUCUAUUAUGAUGGUACAAUAUUUUUUGAAAUUAGACUACUUCAACAUUUCUUUAUUAUAAGUUAUUGAAUUCUUUUUAUCGGCUGCAACGUAACACUAGAAAAUGAGAAACGUAAAAUUAGAAAAUGAUUCAUUAGAAUGGUUAGGAAAUUCAAGGCUAGCUUAAUAACUCAAGGCACAGAAAAAAAGAGAAAUCUUUUUAUUCAACAACCAAUAUGGAAUAAAACAUUAAAACAUUAUAACUAUAUUCAUAAAAUUUGAUAUUUAAUUACAGGAUGUGGGCUUUGUCAUUGCUUUAUUGUUGGAUUAUGUGGUAUGUGUGCAUUUGCAGAAGCUUGCGUUCUUCCAAUUAUUUUAGUUAUAAUUCCAUUUAUGGCAUGUGAUUUAAGCCUAAAUACAAGCCAAGUGACUACUGUGUAUGCUAUGUUAACUUUAGGAAUGGCUGUAGGAGCAUUUGUAUUCGGAAUAAUAAUCGAUGCAAGUGGACGUAAAGGAUCGAUUCCCGCCACUAUGAUCGCUGUGUUUUGCGCCAGUAUCAGUUUAUCCUUUGCGCAAACUACUUUCUUGAUAUACCUUUCAAUAUUUGUACUUGGACUGGGAUUAGCUGGUAAUAACGUGGUUUUAAGAGUAUAUGUAAUCGAAUUUUUGCCCAUGAAACGAAGAGGCUUCUGUUUAGUUGUUUUGGAUGUAUUAGGAGUUAUUGGUUAUGUGUCUGCUUUAGGAUUGUCAUGGCUACUGAUGCCUUCGAUCGUGCGAUUACAAAAUAAAAAAUUUCGACCAAAUUCUUGGCGAGUCCUUAUAGGAUUAGGAGGUAUACCGAAUUUGAUCAUGGCAUGUGCGACUAGUUUAUUACCGGCAAGUCCUAGAUACUUGCUUUAUCGGCGUCGGUACGAAGAAGCGCUAACUGUGUUACGGCAGAUCUAUGCAAUUAAUAAUUCGAAGCAUGCCGAUACUUAUACAUUACGUACUUUAGACAAUUGUGUUCGACCAGACGAGGAAGAUGAAGAAGAUACAGGAAAUGUGAGUAAAAUAGUACGGACAUUCUGUAUAAAAACACGCAAACGAAUCCACAAGAUAUGCAGCACACCGUUUAAAUGUACCACCAUAUUAGGACUUUGUAUCAAUCUUUUACAAUUUCCAGGAAUCAUUUGGGUUGCUCUUUGGAAUACGCAAUUGUUUCAAGAAACAGAAAACUUUAACAAAUCAGCAAAGAAGAAUUCUACAUGCGUUGUCGAUAUAGAGAACUUGGCAUUAGGAUUUUUGCAAAAUUGUCAAGAAAUAGACACGGAUCGUUUUAGAAUUCUUUUCUAUUUAUCUUUGAGCUACAUAUUAGGAGAAAUUUUGUUGCUAAUUGGCAUCGAUGUUAUUGGUAGAAAAAUAUUUCUAGUACUUUCAGGAUUAGCGGGAACAGCCGCGUGUCUUGGUUUAUUAUUUACAGUUCAUAAUAUAGUACAAAUCGUUCUUUCAUUGAUCAUACUAGCAGCUUACGCGAUCGGUCGUACGACAGCUUCGAUACUUUUACUGGAAAAUUAUUUUACCGGCGUAAGGGGCACGAUUAUCGGUUUAUCCAGAAUGUUUCCAUACUUGGUUGGUAGUUUUACUAAACUCUUUCUAAAUAUACAGUGUCUUACCAGUAUCUACAUUAUGUCAGGAAUUUUGUUGAGUGCUGCUGUUGCAGGGUCACGAAUGCCUGACCUAACCCGAUUACCGAUGCAAGAAUAACUUCUUAAUGUUCAUAUUUUUAUAAUCUCGAUAAAUUAUAAAUAAUUCUCUAUGGACUAUAGUUGUGUUGUAAAAAAACAGAGCAGAUCGUUAUUCAUAUUUCGGUAGCAGUCAUAAAUG